AUGUUCGUACGUAAAUUACAAAAUUUAGGAUUUUUGAUAAUUUUAUUAUCUGUUAUCAAUACUUCCUCUCAUCCAUAUCCUAUACAAGAAGAAACGAUUCGUACAUAUCCUGUACAUAGAGUAUCGUUUAAUCCACGAGGAUAUACGGCAAAUAAAAUAUGCAUUCAUUGGUACGAUUAUACUCAACAAGAGAAAUUGACUGAAUGUGACAUAUCAUAUAAAAAACCAACAUCAAAGAAUUCUCCGGAUUGGUCAAUAGGAUAUAAACUCUCUAUUCAUACAGAUGGUGGUACAUUCCAUGAAGGACCAUUUUUAUGGUGGGAUGGCUGGCUUACGAUAAAUGUUUCUGGUAUAAAUAAAUCAGAUAUUAUUUUUGAAGGUAUUGCACAGAAGUUUUUGCUCAAGUACGUUAUUAAAGUCGAGAUAACAGAAGGCAUUUUUCUUAUUAAGUAA